CUUAAGGGCGGGCCGAAGGGAGGGGGUGAGAGGUGCUUAAGUGAGGUUGGGGGUAACGUAGCGUAGCGGGGAAGUGCUGCCGAGAUUCUGUCAGACUACCGUUUCGUUAACGAUAUCGAAGGUACUAGCAAGGGAAACAACUGCUGAGGAGGAAAGCAUGGACGUGGAGGCCGUAUCACAGAAGUUCUUAUUUAAUAUUCAAUAAUGAAUAAAACAUCGAACUAACUUUUACUUUGUUUUUGGGCUUGAACCCAAGACCUUUCUUAGAAGGGGCGACACAUGGACGGCAAUACGUAUCGGAAAAAGAAAGGCAGCGGCGGAUCUAAAGCGGCGGCGGAGAUGAGCCAAGCAGCUGAUAGAAAGAAGUUAAACGCAGCUUCGGAUAAGCGAUUGGACCGUUUGUCUCCCUCCACUUCUACCGCCACUUCCAGAGCCUUAACCUCUAAAGAUCCUCGUUUGCCGAUGCUAAAACCGGAGGAAAAUCAUCACAAGGCUUCUCGCUCUGCCGCACCCGACAACAACAAUUCCAAUGUGGAAUCUGAAACGGACAGUGACGAAUCAGAUAUUAGUGGUUCUGAUGGUGAAGAUACAUCAUGGAUUUCAUGGUAUUGCAAUCUACGUGGGAAUGAGUUCUUCUGCGAAAUUGAUGAUGGCUACAUCCAAGAUGACUUUAAUCUUUGUGGUCUUAGCAGCCUAGUUCCAUAUUAUGAUUAUGCACUUGAUUUGAUCUUGGAUGUUGAAUCUUCUCACGGUGACAUGUUUACGGAAGAGCAGAAUGAAGUCAUUGAGUCAGCAGCCGAAAUGCUUUACGGCUUAAUACAUGUCCGUUAUAUAUUGACAACCAAAGGACUUGCUGUGAUGCAAGAGAAGCACAAGAACGCUGAAUUUGGUAGAUGCCCAAGAGUUUACUGCUGUGGUCAACCUUGCCUCCCAGUUGGCCAGUCAGACAUUCCCCGGCAGAGCACAGUAAAAAUUUACUGCCCCAAGUGUGAAGAAAUAUACACUCCUCGAUCUCGCUAUCAAGACAGCAUCGAUGGCGCUUAUUUUGGAACAACAUUUCCACACCUUUUUCUGAUGAGUUAUGGACACUUGAAGCCACAAAAGUCUUCUCAGAGCUACGUUCCUCGAGUAUUUGGUUUCAAAGUCCACAAGCCUUAAUCUCCAUGUAAGGUAGGUAAGUUUUCAAGUGAUAGCAUGUACCACCCCCCCCCCCCCCCCCGAAACAAUUUGUAAUGUAUUCGGAAUUGGUAGGAGCUCGGGCUAUACGUUCAUUGACUCAUUGUUAUCAUCAAGUUACCUGUGCUAUAAGUGCUAU